AAACAGUGCCUAUAUGUCAUAAGUCAUUUGUGUUAAGUCUUCAAUUCUAUCACAUGGCAGACUUCUUCUCCAUAGUCAUCAUCUCCUCCAUCCUUCUCCUUCCUCUUCUUCUCCAUCUCCUCCUCAAAAACCCCAACCCUAACCCUAAUCCACCAAGCCCUCCUGGUCUCCCUAUCCUUGGCCACCUUCAUCUUCUCAAACCUCCACUCCACCGAGCACUAGCCCAUCUCUCAGACAUCCAUGGACCCAUAUUUCUCCUCCGUUUCGGCUCCCGCCGUGUCCUACACGUCUCCUCCUACUCCGCCGCCGACGAGUGCUUCACCGUCAACGACAUCACCUUCGCCAACCGUCCUCGCCUCCUCUCCGGCAAGCACCUCGGCUACAACCACCAAACUAUCGUGUGGGCCCCCUACGGCCCACACUGGCGCAACCUCCGCCGGUUAACCACCGUCGAACUCCUCUCCACCAACCGCCUCCUCUCCUCCUCCCACAUCCGCUCCGACGAGGCCAUCUCUCUCGUCAAAACCCUCCUCCGUGACUACUCCGGCUCCGGUUUCCACCUCACCGAGCUCAAGACCAAGUUCUUUGGCCUCGCUUACAACGUCGUCAUGAGGAUGAUAGCCAACAAGAGGUACUACGGUGACGCCGAUGAGAGCUCGUCGGAGGCCGGAAAGGAGUUCAGGGACAUCGUCAGGGAGUCUUUCAGAGUCUCCGGCACGUCCAACGCCGCUGAUUUUGUUCCGAUCGUGCGGUGGCUUGGUAUUGGAGGACAUGAGAGGAAGCUGAAGAGACUGAGGAGGAGAAGGGACCAGUUCUUUGAUGGCCUCAUCAACGAGCACCGGACGGCGAAGAAGAUGACCGGAUCCCAACACAGCGAGGGCUCGCCGGCGGAGAGAUCAACGGUCAUCGACUUGCUGCUCUCCAUUCAAGAAGGUGAACCGGAGUAUUACAACGAUGCCAUCAUCAAGGGGAUUAUUGCGGCGAUGUUGAUAGCAGGAACGGACACAUCAGCAACAACAAUGGAAUGGGCAAUGGCUCUUCUCCUUAACAAUCCUCAAACCCUAAAAAGACUUAGAGACGAGCUUGAUGCAAAUAUAAAGCAAGGUUCACUAUUACAAGAAAGUGAUUUCUCCAAGCUCCCAUACUUGCAUGCAGUGAUAAAUGAGACACUUAGAAUGUACCCGGCUGGGCCAUUACUAGUUCCACAUGAAUCGUCUCAGGACUGCACUGUGGGUGGCUUUCACGUUCCAAGUGGAACAAUUCUACUAGUCAAUGCAUGGAAAAUACAAAGAGAUCCAAAGUUCUGGGAUGAGCCAAAUAAGUUCAUGCCUGAGAGGUUUCUUCGAACAAAUAGUGAGAAGAAGAGUGAUGAGGUUGUUAAAGAAGGGUUGAAGAUGAUACCAUUUGGGGUGGGGCGCCGGCGAUGCCCCGGUGAAGGGCUGGCGAUGAGGGUGGUGGCGCUGGUGGUAGGGACUCUGGUGCAAUGUUUUGAAUGGGAUAGAGUUUGUGAUGGAGAACUGGACAUGAGUGAAGGAGCAGGACUAACGUUGCCUAAAAUUAAGCCUUUGGAAGCCAUAUAUAAGCCAAGGGAAUCCUUGGCUAGUCUUCUCUGCCAACUUUGAUUUCUCAUCUUGUUUUAAUAUUAUUAAAAUAAUAAAAUAGGAUAGAGAAUGGUUAAGUUAUUUAACUUCUAUGCAA